GGCACUGCAGUGGAAUGUUUGGGAGCAAAGCCCAGCAACUCUGUGGGCCUGAACUUCAGCCCCCUGCUUCCCACUCUUGGUCUCCACUAUCUGCUUGUGCUGACCUGGAAAUGGCUGCAAGGGCAGUGGACCCAGAGGAGAGCAAGACCCUGUACCUUUGCUAUCGGGUCAGCAAUAGGGCCAAUUGAGGAUUCUUGAUAAUAUCCAGAGACUGUAUCAACAUUUUAUCUUCCCUCAAGCUGAGUGGUGUUGGUGUUUGCAGCCUUAACAGAAGAUGGCUGGCACAGCAAGGCAUGACCGAGCGAUGGCGAUCCAGGCCAAGAAGAGCCUCGCGCAGGCGACGGACCCCAUCGAGAAGCUCCGGCUCCAGUGCCUAGCCCGGGGGUCAGCCGGCAUCAAGGGCCUCGGCAGGGCAUUUCGGAUCAUGGACGAUGAUAACAGCAAAACCAUUGACUUCAAAGAAUUCAUGAAAGGAUUAAAUGAUUAUGCCGUGAUGAUGGAAAAGGAAGAAGCACAAGAGCUUUUCAAUCGGUUCGAUCGGGAUGGUAACGGGACAAUUGAUUUUAAUGAAUUUCUCCUUACGUUAAGACCUCCGAUGUCUAUGGCCAGAAAAGAGGUCAUCAUGCAGGCCUUCAGAAAGUUAGACAAGACGGGGGAUGGGAUCAUAACGAUUGAGGACCUUCGAGGCGUAUAUAAUGGAAAGCACCAUCCCAAGUACCAGAAUGGAGAAUGGACAGAAGAACAAGUGUUUAGGAAAUUUCUCGAUAACUUCGACUCACCUUAUGACAAGGAUGGAUUGGUUUCAAAAGAAGAGUUUUUGGAGUAUUACUCUGGCGUCAGUGCUUCCAUCGAUUCUGAUGUCUAUUUCAUUUUAAUGAUGACGAACUCCUGGAAUUUAUAACUUUGACUAGUGCUGCUUCUUUGGGGAAUCUGGAAUUGAACACCAGUGGGGUAGUUUUGAAAGCGAUACAAAGAACUAAUUUGGAGAUGUAAACGAGCAAAAUUUUCUGAUUUGGAAUUGGUCAAAUGGAAGUGACCAGCCUGUUCCCACAUGUUUUACCAACAUCUCAAAAAAAUGUUAUUAGACGAAGGCAGAGAACCAGCUUGAAAUGUCAGUUAUUUCUACAUUUGGACCCAAUCUGUCAUGAGCAGUUGCCUGCUACUUGUGCCCAGAUUUCUCCCAGAAAAUGCAACUGUAUCUCAGCUCCCAUCCCACAAUCACUUCAGGUUUUCCUCCCUUUGAGGCCUAUGGGAUUCAGUGGCCAGAAGAACCAAGGGGUGGGGGUGACAUAUAUCUAUCUGAUUAACAGUCUGCCCUUGGCGCAUUUCUAAAAACCCCUUUCUGGUGGGUGGGGGGGCUUUAUGGGUCCCAGGCUAUCUGUGGGGGAUGAGGAGGCCCCAUAGAAGAGUUAACACCAGUGGAUAAUUGAAUGGUCUCCAGAACCAACACUCAGCUUCAUCAGUUCCAUCAAUCACAAUGGAAUUUAUAAUACUUACUAUGGGCCGAGCACUGUACUAAGCGCUUGGGAGAGUAAGUACAGCAGAAUUGAUAGACAAGAUCCCUACCUACACCGAGUUUAUAGGUCAGCUCAAUCUGCCUGGCUUGGAGAGUCCAUCUUGUUGCCCUGGUCUUCUCCAACAUGCUUGUGUGACAGAGAUAAUUUAGCCUUUGUCAUCACCCCCUUCUCCUCCAACCCCUGUUACUCCAAUAACAAACAAGACCAUGCCUUCCCCCAUUGCUUAGAUGCCUCCAUGAAUCCCUGCAGUUUUACUCAAUAGUUGGGCUCAGCUUGUAAUUUUCAAAACUUUCCAUUCAUUCAAAAAUGAUUUACAAUACAAUGUUCAACCUAGUUUUAAGGUAAUAAUAAUAAUUGAAAUGCUUUUAAGCAAUUACAAGGCAGUCAUUUGGGGACACCUUAUAAUUAAAUUUAGCUUCAUUUU